AUGUCGUCGGUCAAGGCAACCAAGAAGAGCGCUUUCUCGUGCGAGCCCUGCCGCCGGCGCAAGGUCAAAUGUGGCGGGGAGCAGCCCGUCUGCCAUCGCUGCGCCGCCCGCAACGACGACUGUGUAUACAAGUUGAACCCGACCUUGUCGUACACGCAGCGCCUCGAGGAACGAAUCAAGGAGCUUGAAGAGCAGCUCGCAAUCGUCGCAAAAUCCCCCGCGUCCGCCGCCGCCUCGUCGCACUCCAGCCCCCCCGUGGGCGCCGCUCACGAUGCUUCGUCUUCGGCCCGGUGUCCCGACGAACACGGCGUCACGCGUGGUUUUCGCGGCCUCAAGAUCGACGACAGAGGUGGCAUCACCUACCAUGGCACUACCAGCUUCUUCAAUCUUCCCAGCGAUCGAUUGCCAGUCGGGUCCGAGUACAUGACCUCCAACGACUCCAACGUUCAGCGGAGGGAGCGGCUGGUCAACAAUGCCUGGCAGCAACGAGCGUUGGAGAACCUGUCCGAUAUUCCUGAACCGUUCCAAUAUUUACUCAAUGUCCAUUGGUGUUGGAUCAACCCGCUAUUCGGCUUUCUCUACCGACCAGCCUUCACUCGCGACAUGCAGUCUCUGGGGCCAUACUACUCGCAUACCCUCCUCAACGCCGUCAUUUCACACUCUAUCCGGUGGGGCCAAAACGACCCCUCGACGAAGCGGCUCUUGGACGAGUCAUACGACGGAGGCGCCGUGUUUGCCAAACAUGCACGCAGCAUGGUGUUUGACGAACUCAGCCGCGGCAUUUGCACGAUCCCCACCAUACAGACGCUGCUGUUACUGAGUGCUCAGGAGUGCAGUCUCGGCAACACGACGCAGGCUUGGACGUACAGCGGCAUCGCUUUCCGACUCAUCGAUCAUUUGGGGAUUUGUGUCGACGCGCAACGCUACCCGGGCUCCCUCCCCUUAUCCGACGAGGACCUCGAGAUCCGGCACCGUAUAUUCUGGAGUUGCUAUUUCUGGGACAAGCUUAUCAGUCUGUAUCUUGGACGCUCCCCGUCUAUCCAGCAGACGAGUAUAUCCCCACCCCAAAUAGUCUUCGAUGACUCCGCCGAAGAGGAUAUUUGGGUGCCCUUUGGCGCGCAGCAAGUCGGCGUCACAUGGAAAUAUCCUCCGACCACCGCGCAUUCGGCAUCCUGUUUUAUGAGCAUGUGUCGCCUGUCAGUCAUCUUCAACGAGAUCCUCAUCCACAUGUACGAUCCUCUGUCCCAAAACACCGACGCAGAGGUGCAGGAUUGUCUCCGCGCCCAGGAGCCGGCUUUUCAGCAAUGGUGGGACCAACUGGCUCCUCACUUGAAGCUCGACCCGCUCGCGCUACCGGCCAUGGCACCCCCUUCCCACAUCGUCACCAUGAACUGCCUCUAUCAUACGUUCAAAAUCUUGCUGUACCGGCCGAUGCUCACGGGCAGGGGAAGAGGUACCGAGGAGGGCAGCGCCCAGAUCAAGAGCUACCUGGUGGAGUGUGUGACGUCGGCAACGGCCAUCAUCACCAUAUUCGAUCUUUUCUGCCGGACGUUUACGAUGAACUACUGCGUCCUGUCACUUGCGUAUAGCGUCUACAUUGCCGCGUCAAUCUUCCUGCUUCAGGUCCAAGCGACGCCCGACGCGCAGCAGGCCAUGCGAAAACUGAGCUACUGCAUCCAGUGCCUCGAUCAGGUCAAGAACUUUAGCCCAGUGAUAAACAGUGCCCUCAAUCUCUUGACCAGAGAGCUUGCAGCUAUUGGCAUGGGCUUGGAUACCCCUUCGCCACGCCAGCCGGGACCUUACCCAGCUUCUCGUCCCGAAAUGUCAAUGCCAGCAUCCGGUUAUCCCCAUUCAGAAGAACCCCGCCAGAUGCCCCUACCCUCACACCCACUCUUCCAGCCAGCGCUGAAUCACAACUUUGGGCCCGAGUCAAUGGCAAUGCACCCGGGUGUCUUCGAGGCCAUGUCCACUCUGGAACCGUUGAGUGUCAGGGUAGCAGCCAUCCACGAGUCGGAGAACCAGUCCACGUUUGGAUGA